AUGCCCCAAGAAAGCAGCCUUAGGGCAGAGAUUGGAUCACUCUCCAGCUGGCAAGGAGAGCCCCAGCUGAGUGGAUUGUUGGCCACAGAUUGUCUCUGGCACAAGGUGGUGGCUCAAGUGCUGAAUAUUGCACAGGCUUUUUUCAAAGACCCAAAUGUUAUUCCCAAUUUGAAGUUACUUUCAGAUUCUGGACAGUGGAUUACAUUAGGAACUGAAGUGAAAAAAAUUGAAGCCAUAAAUGUUCCUUGCACACAGCUUCAAUGUCAUUUUAAACGGUUAUACAAUGAAGAUAUUGUACGAGACAGUGGACAUAUUGUUAAAUGUUUAGAUUCUUUUUGUGAUCCCUUUCAUAUUUCUGAUGAGUUACGAAAGGUUUUGCUAGUGGAAGACUCAGAAAAAUAUGAAAUAUUCAGCCAACCAGAUAGAGAAGAGUUCCUCUUUUGUCUUUUCAAACAUCUUUGCCUUGGUGGAGCCCUUUGUCAAUAUGAGGAUGUGAUUAAUCCAUAUCUGGAAACAACAAAGCUUAUCUAUAAAGAUCUAGUAAGUGUUCGAAAGCAUCCUCAGACCAAGGAAAUACAAAUUACCUCUUUCAUCUUUAAAGUUACAGCAUAUGAUUCUGAUGGUGUGUGCUACCCUUCAAGAAAAAGUCAUGAACAGACAUUUUCUUACUUUAUUGUGGAUCCUAUCAUGCGUCAUGUUCAUGUUUUAUACCACUGUUAUGGCGUGGGAGAAAUGUCUUAGCAGUAUUCUUUCAGAUAAUCUAUAUUUACUACAUUUUUAUUUACCAAUUUUUAUUUUAGUACUUACUUAUAGAUAAGCAAUUACUUUGCAAGGUAAUUAAGGUAAAAUGUAAAGAACCCACUUAGAGCAGAAGCAAAUGCCAAGAUGCUUUUCU